UCUCAGCCGAAAACUGCCGCUAUCCCGCCGAGGUGCACAUUGCGUUGCCCGAAUCCUAUUUCUCCCCGCACCGCGACGAGUCUCAGGCGGAGACCCGACACCCCGUUUGCUGCCCCGAGUCUUUCAGGACGGCGUAUUACUUUGCUCCGAUCUCCAAUGAGGUAGAGAUCCGGCCCUUUUCCCGAGUGCUGAGCGCACCGAGUCCUAGCUCCCCGCUUUAUCGACCUCUCUCCCGUCUCCCAACUGCCGAGGCAACAUGUCCGGCGCAAUCGAGACGCUCAAGGCCGCGGCCGAGCGCAUCGUCCUUGACCCGAGAUACCACGAUCUCCUGACAGUCGUCAAGGGCGCCCGCAAUGGCGCCGUCUACGGCACCAAAGUGCGGUUUCCGCACGCCCUGGUAAUGAUUAUGCUUUUCCGUUCUGGAACCCUCCGCGAGAAAGCACGGCUCAUCUUCCGCGCGACAAGAACACACGCCCGAAACCUCGCCAAGUUUGCCGCCAUCUACAAGGCUACAUGUCUGCUGCUAAAGUGGUAUGGGACGACACCGGGCAAAGAAGGCCCCUACGAUAGCUUCAUCGCCGGCCUCGUCGGCGGCUAUGUUGUCUUCGGACAGCGCUCCAAGCGGUCGGGCAAGAUCUCGAGUGUCAACCAACAGAUCGUCAUCUACGUCUUUGCGCGCGUAGUGCUGGCGCUGGCCCGGAUGGCCGUCAAGCCCGGGUACGGCCUGCCGGGGGUCUCGGAGCCCCAGCGCAGCGCCGCCAUCAGCUACUACGCCUGGCCCGUGUUUGCCAGCGUCUCGUGGGCCGCCGUCAUGCACCUGUUUCGCUGGCACGCCGCCGAGCUGCAGCCCAGUCUGCGCAGCAGCAUGACCUACAUCUACGCGAAUGCCGACUCGUGGGAUGGGCUGCGGAAUUUUAUAUGGCAUAACAAGUGAGACAGCUGGUUGGGUUGAGUGGUCUGUACUGAAUUGUACAUAUGCGGGUGGCUGAAGAUACUGUACCGGCGUUCAUUGGAGUCUGGUUGGUUCUAGAUGGUUAGACUCGCUCUCGGUGCUCUCGGUUUAUAGCGUUUGGCGGACGCAUCUUGAAUAUGGCUGGCCAGUGGCUGAUGGAUGUAGCCCAAGCACAUAGCAAAGCGUGCAGGUCCAGGAUUGUAGCAACAGCAUGUUGAACAAGGGAGGUUGCUGCUGAGAACCGCUGAAAUUGCCGGUGGCGGACACGUGCUGACAGCUCCUAUCCUGAUCUCUACGGCAUCUAUCAGUAUACCUAUAUUGCAAUGUGAUAAUUGAUAAUUAGUCAG